GCGAGGAGGUUGGGCCUCAUUCACACUCAGGGCCAGGCAGUUUAACUUCCCUACUCCGUUCCUCUAACAGCUGGAACGGCGAGACCUUGGUUAUGUCUUUGGCGGAUCAGAGUUUGCAGUUUUUCCCGGUGAGCGCGCGGGUGUCGGUGCUCCGGGCACGAGGCCUCCGAGUCAAAGGGAAGGAUGGCACUAAUGAUGCGUACACGGCUCUGCAGGCGGGCCGCGAGACGUUCCGCACGUCGGUAUCGGAGAAGCGCGCGGAGCCGGUAUGGGGCGGGGAUGCCGCCGCUUUCAUCUUCACGCUGCCGCCGGAGAGCGCGCGUGCAGAGCAGGACGGCGUCCCACUGCAGGUGCGCGUGCUGCACCGUGUCCCCCUCGGAGCGGACAAGUUGCUCGGACUGACCGUCAUCGAUGUGCACGAGCUCCGGCAGAACAGCGCGCGCGAGAACCCACAGUGGUUUAAACUGUUAAAUAAGGCAGGAAAAGCCGAUAAGGAGCGUGGUGAGAUUCUGCUGGACAUUCAGUUCCUGAAGAGCAGUAUGAGUAUCAGCAUGACUGACCUCUCUGAUAAAUCACACUCGCGUCUUGGGAAGUUCAAGGACAAACUCAAGGGAAAAAAGAAGGAAGGGUUGAGCGACUCAGCAUCUGCCAUUUUGCCUUCAGUCAGCCAGGUGCUGACGGACAGUGAGGGAGAGAUGGAUGGCGAGAUGGAGGGAGAGUCAACAAAGAAGAAGAACAAACUAAAGUCUCUUUUUGUUCCUAAAUCCAACAUGAAGCGCAACUCUAUGUCUCAGUCCAUGUCCUCAUUAGGGACGCUUCCUGAUAAAAACUCGUCAAUCAGCUCGAGCACGUCCUCAGGCCUCAAUGUGGACUCUACAGAAGGAAAGAAAAAGAAGAAAUUUCCCUUUUUAACACACAAGCGGAGUGGUAGCACAGACAACAAGGUGUCCAAUCAUGGUGAUGUCACCCUUGGCUCAACCAAUCAGAAUCCUCCAUCACCGAUUGCAAUUUGCAUAAAUGGGAGUCCUGUAUUCAGAGAGGAAACCCAAAGUGAAGACAUGCAGGAAAUGAAGGAGGAGGUAGAAAAAGAGGAAGAAGAGCAGGAACGACUGGAGGAAGAGAAAAGGAGGGAAGCUGAAGAGGAAAAAAAGAGACAAGUGAAAGAAGAGGAAAGGAAAAAGGAGGAGGAAGAAAAAAGGAUAAAGAUGGAGAGAGAGAAAGAACAAAAGAGAAGGAUGGAGGAGGACGAACAAAGAAGGAUGGAGGAGGAAAGAGAGAGGCUAAGGAUGGAGAGGCAGAAGGAGGAACAAAGAGAACUAGAGGAGGAAAGAGAGAGGUUAAGGAUGGAGGAGCGAGAGAGGCUGAGGAUGGAGAGGGAGAAGGAAGAGCAAAGAAGGAUGGAGGAGGAGCAAGAGAGGCUAAGGAUGGAGAAGGAGGAGCAAAGAAGGAUGGAGGAGGAAAGGGAGAGGCUAAGGAUGGAGAGGCAGAAGGAAGAACAAAGAAAGCUGGAGGAGGAAAGGGAGAGGCUAAGAAUGGAGGAGCGAGAGAGGCUGAGGAUUGAGAGGGAGAAGGAAGAGCAAAGAAGGAUUGAGGAGGAGCAAGAGGUGCUAAGGAUGGAGGGGGAGAAGGAAGAGCAAAGAAGGAUGGAGGAGGAAAGGGAGAGGAUAAGGUUGGAGCGGGAGAAGGAAGAACAGAGGAUAAGGAUGGAGGAGGAAGGAGAAAGGAGAAGGAUGGAGAGGGAGAAGGAAGAGCAAAGAAGGAUGGAGGAGGAAAGGGAGAGGAUAAGGUUGGAGCGGGAGAAGGAAGAACAGAGAAUAAGGAUGGAGGAGGAAGCAGAGAGGAUAAGGAUAGAAGGGGAGAAAGAAGAGCAAAGAAGGAUGGAGGAGGAAAGGGAGAGGCUAAGGAUGGAGGAGGAAAGGGAGAGGAUAAGGUUGGAGGAGGAAGCAGAGAGGAUAAGGAUGGAGAAGGAAGAGCAAAGAAGGAUGGAGGAGGAAAGGGAGAGGAUAAGGAUGGAGAGGGAGAAGGAAGAACAGAGGAUAAGGGAGGAGGAGGAAAGCGAGAGGAUAAGGAUGGAGAGGGAGAAGGAAGAACAGAGGAUAAGGGAGGAGGAGGAAAGGGAGAGGAUAAGGAUGGAGAAGGAAGAACAAAGGGUAAGGGAGGAGGAGGAAGCAGAGAGGAUAAGGAUGGAGAGGGAGAAGGAAGAGCAAAGAAGGAUGGAGGAGGAAAGGGAGAGGAUAAGGAUGGAGAGGGAGAAGGAAGAACAGAGGAUAAGGGAGGAGGAAAAGGAGAGGAUAAGAAUGGAGUGGGAGAAGGAAGAACAAAGAAGGAUGGAAGAGGAGGAAAAAGAGAGAAUAAGACUAGAGAAAGAGGUGCAAAGAAGAAAGUUGGAGCAGGAAGAAAAAAUGAGGAUUGCUGAGGAGGAAGGGAUGAAGGAAGAGAAGAAACGCACAGAGGGAGAACAAAUGAUGAAAGGGGAAGAAGAACAGAAACUGACUUCCACGGACUUCACUCGUUCAGCCAGAAUCUCCAACGUUAAACCGAGCGUGUCUGUCUCUGCAACAGUUUCUCAACUGUUCAUGGCAAACACUAACCCCUUUUUGGACGACUGUUUAGAUGCCAGCAUUUCAGAAAACAUCAGUGUUAAUGAGGCAACUACUAAAAAAAGACGUGCACCUUUGCCUCCACAAAAGAAGCCAGUGUUGACCGGGCCAGAUGUUUCCACCAGUGGGGUUCCUGAACAGCAUUCCCUUUUAACAGAAUUCUCAAAAUGUCCAGCACCUCAACCACCAGGUAUUCUGAAGAUGACUAGUGAAGUGACUGUCAAAGAAAACACGAAUCAAGUAGGUCUUGGUCAAGAACCGAGGAAAAUCCCUGAGACGUAUCAGGAAAGCAGUGUCUCCUCAGUCUCUCAAGAUGACACACAAGUUGAUGUUAAUCCUUUUACAUGUGAUGAACCAGUGGCUGUAAAACACAAGAGACCAGCACCAAAACCAGGAAGUGGGAUAUCCAUGUCUGAAGGUAAGCCAAGAAAUGGUGGCAAAAACCUAACCGAAGGUACUGUUCACCUUGAAGAAAAAACAAGUGCUUCUAAUAACCAGAAACUGUUGAGAGCCCCAAAUGAUUUAGUUGAAGAUGUCAAAAGUGACCUUACUGAUCUGUCAUGGAGAGAACAACAUCUGGAAGACAUGGUUGAGCCUGACUCUGCAAAACUAAAUGCUCCUUCAUGUGUCAGUCCAGAACCUCUGGGUUGCAAAACUGAUGGACUGCCAGGCAUGGAAAGAUCCCAAAAGAAGUAUCAAGCCCCUCUUCCUCCAGCUAAACCCAAAAGAAGUGGAGAUCCAAGCACCCCACACCAGCAGCCAUCUCUUUUAAACAAGACUAACCUUGAACAAACCUUAGAGAACCAUAGUAAUAAAAAGGACCAAGAAAAUUCAUGGGUUUCUAGUGUCGAAAUACCUGCAGACAGCACUCCAUCAUCCACAGUUUCAUCCUCAACUUUUACUCCAAUUGCUGGGAAUUCACAAGUCAUGAAACCUUGUGCUAUUGAGUCGGUGGAGACUGGUUCUGGGUCAAGGACUUUGUCGUGGGCAAAUGUGGUACCCAGUGAUGUAGGUGAAGUAAGGGAACAAGUUGCUCCCACUUCAGUAAUCAGGCAGCAUGCUGUGAAACCCCUGAGUGCUGCAGAGAAUCUGCAUGAAAUUCAUGAAUCUCGAGUAACUGACAACACACAGCCCAAAACGAAGGCUGCAGAAGGAGCAGCGAAAGGCCCAUAUUCUCAGCUGACGCAGGCUGAGCUGAUCUCUCUAGCAUUGCGUCAACAGGAACAGCUUUCACAGCGUGAUGCUAGGAUUCAGGAGCUGGAGAGAUACAUCGAUAACCUACUGGUGCGUGUGAUUGAGGAAAAACCAAGCAUUCUGAUGACCAUGAACGCAGUGAACAAAUCUAUGUGAGCAGUCAAACAGGAGGUGCUGAACAAAGCAAUACUGACUUUCAGGAAGAUGAACUGACAAUGCUAAGUUAGGAUGUGCUAGUGUAGUACUCACUGUGGUGCAAAGUCUAUGGUUUUAAAGUCUUUAUUACAGAGAUAAACACAUUGACAUGGGAUUUAUUCCCCCCCCUCACAUUCAUAAACCUGCUCGUAUUACAUAUCAUGGGACAGAAUAAAAUGCAGCAUUUGUAGUUUCCUGUUUUGUAAAGCUCAGGCUUUGGUCACUAUUGGACAUACAGCUCUCUGUACCUACUUUGUUUAAUAGUUCCUUUUUUGUGUGUGAAACGAGGGAAAGUCACACCUAAAACAUGCAGUAUAUUGCCUUACUCGAUGUUGUGUAAUGAGUGCAAUACUGUAUCCCUAAAGCACUUUAAUCAGACAUAUAUAUUUUUCUCCUUUUUUGAAUUUUGUAAUCAAGUGAUUUUUGUAAUUUAUAACUUUCAUUUGAAGUGAUGUUAUCGUUUUGGGUUUUUUUUUCUGAAAUAAAGGAUCAUUUUGCAGUA